AUGGAUCCUCCAUCGCAAGUAGACUCGCAAGCAGGCAAGCGCUCGCUGUCUGACCUCCCGACCGAGAUCAAAUUACGAAUCAUUGAAUGUCUUGAACGUCUAAUGGAGAAGCACAUUUCUCCCUCCGCCCGCUUCUUAAAGCUUGCACUGGUAGAUCGAACGUUUUAUGAGCUGUGCAGCCCGUCGAAUUGGAAAAUGCUCGACUUGAAGAACGCCAAAAACAAAACGUUCAAGUUACUCAUCAAUGACAUUCUCCCACAUCAAGCCAGCAAGGUCCGGUCUCUGACUGUCAAACUAGAAUUCUCGGUCCGGGACAGUUCCCGUCGUCAGGCUGCGGCCAAUGCGAAGCCACUAGGCCUCAUCACCGACGGAUUCGAAAAAGGCCGAUUCGGCGAGAUCUUGAAACUUUGUGCCAAUUUGACCGAGCUCAAAGUUGUCCUUGAGCAUCAUUUGGACGAGUUCGAUCUGUUCAACCCAGCACCCACGGCGUUGCAUCCGAUCGCUCAACUUACCAACCUGACGUACAUUCAUUUCGUCAAUCACACCGAGGAAGAAAGCUUCAAAGAGGAGUAUUUGGUCGAUUUGAUCAGAAACAUGGUCCAUCUAGUCCAUAUUCGUCUCGAUAGGAUUGCUGCCUCCUUUCCCACCUGCGACUUCUGCGAGUGUCCGAAUUCCGUUCAGCCGGUUCUGCCGCCGUUGGCCGUCCAUCUGGCCUCGCUAUCGUCACUCAGAUUUAUCGACUUCUCCAUGGUAGAUUCCUUUGAUUGGGGCUGGAGUAAGAUGGAGUGGAAAGGCGCGCUCGAAGGAAUCACUUUACACAGAAACACGCAGCUUUCAUUUCGCGCUUUGCACAGGUUUUGCAGCCUUUUCCAAGACAGUCUGGUUUCUCUCUCGCUCUGUGAUGUACCUCUUAGCAUCAUGGGCGACGAUCCCUGGACCAAACUGACCGACUCCGAGCUUAAAUACGUCUUUCGUCUACCGAAGCUCAAGAAUCUAUCGGUCUACACCCCCUAUUCGACCGAAUUUAUCAAUUUAUUCCGAGAAUCUUCCAACAUCACCACGAUCCAUCUUGUUGCCAAUUAUCAAAUCGGGCCUGAAAAUAUCAAAGCGUUAAUCAAGCACGAAUCUCCGACUUGGAUCGACUUGAAAUCCUUAUUGGUGCAAGUCAAGCAAGUCGGCAAGGGAAGAUUCAGGCCGGCCGAAAUCGUCGAUCUGGUCGCUUAUAGCGCACAUGCCGGCAUCAAGAUCAAAUGCGGCUCCCUGCCAGAGGGGAACCGCCUUUUCACCGAGUAUCAAGCCCAAUUCCACUUCGGACAUGAAUGGAGAGCGGACGAGCCAGAUGACAAUGAAAGCGAGAGGCCAAAUCAAGGCCAAAUUCGCACGCCUCGAAACGUCCUUGGAAUUAUGCUUUAA